AUGGCGAGUGAGCCGUUUAUCGACUUCAAGCCUUCCAAGGCGGGGCUUCCGCCGAUCCCGCCGUCCCCGUCGCAGAGCAGCGCGGAGGAUGAGCCUCUCGUGUCGGGCGAGAAAAAGAAGGACAAGAAGGAUCGCUUGAACGUCAUGAAAACCAAGUCGCUGAUGAUGGUGAAUUCCUCAGCGGCUUUGGACGGCUGUGACGACCAGCUUCUUCCCGCGACAUUUCGCGCCCUGGAACGCGACUUAAACUUUCACCCCUCGCUGCUAGGCUACAUUACUUUGGCUCAGACAAUGUGCCUUUCUCUUCUGUGUCCUCUGUGGGGAUAUCUGUCGGAUCGGCACUCUCGGAAGUGGCUUCUCGCGUUUGGAACUUCCGCUUGGGGGCUGACUACGACCCUCCUGGGCCUAGUUUCAGAGUUCUGGCAGGUGACAUUGCUUCGUGCGAUGAAUGGAGUUUUUCUCGGAAGUGUGGGCCCCAUUUCUCAAAGCAUUUUAGCCGAUACAGCGUCCAGCAAGAGCCUGGGAUACUCUUUUGGCUUGAUCCAACUCUGCUCUUGCAUUGGCCGUCUCGUUGGUGGCGUCGUCACCACGUCCGUAGCGCUGCUUGACGUUGGCGUUCUUCGGGGCUGGAGGGUGUGCUUUUUCUGUGUCGGAGGCGCCAGCAUCGUCCUCGGCAUCCUCAUUGCCAUUUUUCUUGAGGAAAUUCCCCGAAAGAAGUCACGACGACGCGCUAAGUUGCUCGAUGAAAGCGGCGGCACUGGAGGCCCGGCUCCCCAGCCUCAAGAGGAGCAAAACUGGCUGAGUUUUUUCAAGGAUGUUUUCUCCCAGUCUCUCUCCACCCCGUCCAUCGUCAUCAUUCUUGCUGAAGGUCUGUUGGGUACCGUGCCGUGGUCGGCCUUCAGUUUCAACACCAUGUACUUCCAGUACUGCGCGAUGUCGGAUCUCGAGGCUGCUGUGCUCACUGGGUCACUGCUCAUUGGUGCAGCCGCCGGCGGUGUCAUGGGAGGACUCCUCGGCGACCACCUUUUCCACUGGAGCCGCGGGCACGGCCGCCCCCUUGUCGGCCAAGUCGCGAUGCUUUGCCGAAUUCCUCUUCUCGUUCUCGCGUACGUCGUGGUCCCGAAGGAGGAAGAUUAUUUCUACGCGUAUUUCAUUAUCGCUCUUCUGGUCGGCUUCACGUCCAUGAGUGGAGUUGCAGUCAAUCGCCCAAUCCUUUCAGACGUCGUUCGUCCCGACCACAAGGGAACCGUUUUUGCCAUUACCGUUGCCCUGGAAGGUAGCAGCGCGGCCAUCUUGGGCGCACCUUUGGUCGGCUUCUUGGCUGAAUCCGCUUUUGGAUACGAGAGAACGUCACUCCUCGUCAAAGACAUGCCGUCGCACCUCAGACUGGGCAAUGCAGAGGCCCUUGCGAAGUCUCUUUUUCUUCUUACGGUGAUUCCCUGGUCGAUCUCGUUCUUCCUUUACGGCAUGCUUCACUUCACUUACGAGAAAGAUCAAAUUGCGCUGGCGAAAAUUGUUCGAGAUGAAUACGAACACGGUGAUGAUGAUGAAGUGGAAACAGCGAUCGAAGGUAGAGCAGGCCGAGGAAUGGAUGACCCAGAGCGCUCUGGUGGAGCUGUCGAUUCUUCCUCGGAUAGCGAGAACGAUAUGAGACGACCCAUGGGAGAAGCGUAG